AUGAAAGAUGACCUAGGCUGGGGUGAGGUGGGCCUGUUCCCAGCCUCCUCUCCCCACGGCCGCAUCAGCACGCCCCACCUCGACACCUUCGGCAGGGAAGGCUUGGUGUUCAAGGAGGCCUAUGCCGGCUACACGGUGUGCGCGCCCAGCAGGACCACCUUCUUCACCGGCAGGCACAGUGGCAACUUUAAAGCUGCUGGACUGAAUGGAGAAGGUAUCGACCCCGAGAAGAACGUGAGCCUCCUGCCCAGGGUCCUGAAGCAGGCUGGCUACAGGACGGGCCUCUUCGGGAAGAGCGCGCCUUUGACCUCCCCGCUACAGCAAGGCUUCGAUGCCUUCCUGGGGCAGGUUGACCAAGCGCUCUGCCACAACAUGUACCCCAAAGACAUCGACCAUGGCAUGGAGCAGUUGAACUUCAAGCUAUCUGGCAACGACAAGCCCAAGUCCCGGGAGCUGUGCAUGAACAACCCAGACCUCUACAACUACACCAUCGAUGUGUUCCAUGAGUCAGCCAUGCAAUGGCUAGAGGAGGCUGCGAAAGGAGAGGAGCCCUUCUUUCUGUACGUGAGCUACACCAUCCCGCACGCCGGGGGCUGGGGAGAUGCGCCCAAAACUCCGGAGGAUGGGAAUCCGGUGCCUUCCGACUUGCAGUAUGCGGACAAGCCAUGGCCUGAUGUUGAGAAGGACCACGCGGCUGUGAUCACGUACCUCGACGCCAAGGUGGGAGACAUCAUGGCCCGGUUGAAGUUCUUGGGAGUGGACCAGAACACAUUGGUCUUCUUCGCGUCCGACAAUGGCGCGCAUUUGGAGGGGGGCCACAAGAUCCAGUUCUUUGACUCCACUGGGGGCCUGCCGGGGCAUAAGAGGAGCAUGUACGAGGGCGGCGUUCGCUCUCCCAGCAUGGUGCGAUGGCCUGGGCGCAUUCAGCCGGGCCGCAGCUCCAACUUCCCCUGGGCCUUCUGGGAUGUACUGCCCACUCUAGCGGAGCUGGCCGGCGCGCCAGUGCCGCCAGGCCUGGACGGCCUCAGCAUCGCUCAAGAGCUCACGGGCUUGCCCCAGAAGGAGCACGAGUACCUCUACUUCACCUGGCUCGGGGACGGCGGAAAGGUGAACUCUGGGCCUCCUGGGUACACAGUGCGGCAAGGGCAGUGGAAGGGCAUGGUGCCCCACUGCCAAGAAGCAUCAGUGCUGCCCAGCAGUGGGGACGAGAUGCGGCUCUAUGACCUGUCCGCUGACCCGCUGGAAACCACGGAUGUGUCAAAGCAACACCCAGAGGUGGUCCAGGGGCUCAAGGCUUUGGUCAUGAAGGAAAAGCUCACCUGCUACUGCUACCAAUGCGGCUGGACCCCGCCCAAGGAGCCGGCUGAGCUGGUGGUUUGA